AUGAGAUCCCAACAGUCUCAGCACACGGGGGAGAGAUGUGAUGCAACCCCAGGGCAGGGAGAAACAUCAUCGAGCACCAGCCCUCCAACACUGAACCCUCUAAUGAAUUUCAUCAUAUGGAAUGUUAGAGGGGCAAACAGUGCGGAGUUUAAGAGGCACUGCUCUGAAAUGGUCAAGCUCCACAAGCCUAUGAUGUUGGUUCUCCUGGAGACCAAAAUGGCAGACCACAAAAAGCUUACUGAGGAGCUUCAAUUUGAUAUGCACAUCCAGUUCCCUGCCAUUGGCCAUUCUAGAGGCAUAGUGAUCAUGUGGAGGGAAAAUUCCCUCCAAAUUGAUGAGGUAGCUGUCAACUCUCAGGGUAUCCAUGCCAUGGUAAAGGUAUUACCCUCAAACCCACCCUACUUCUUUUCUGCUAUUUAUGCCAGUAACCACCUUGAAGAUAGAAGAGGCCUCUGGGAUAGUCUUGUUAACAUCUCAAAAGCUCAUAAAGUGAGUUGGUUUGUGGGUGGGGACUUCAAUGAAGUCCUUAAAGCAGAAGAAAAAUUUGGGGGCAACCCCAUAAAUACCCACAGAAGCAACUCCUUCUGGAAUUGCAUUAAUAACUGUCACCUGAUAGACCUAUGGUUUAAAGGUAGCAAGUACACUUGGUCCAACAAAAGGUAUAAAAACAGAACCUAUCUAAUAUUGGAAAGAAUUGACAGAUGUUUGGCUAAUAACCACUGGUUAAAAGAAUACCCUGAAGCAAACAUCACCCACCUCCCUAGGACCCAGUCUGAUCACUGCCCUAUGCUUGUCAAUCUAAGCAGUGCCAAGCCUAGUCCCACCAAUAAACCUUUCAGGUUUGAAUCAAUAUGGUGCAGCCACCCCAUGUUCCAAAACCUAGUUAAGGACUCUUUCAAGCCUGACUCUACUCUAAUCCCUUCUACCUCUCUGUUUAAGGUUAAUGCUCUCAAUUGGAAUAGGCAUACCUUUGGAAACAUCUUCCAUAAGAAAAAGAGGCUACUAGCAAGGAUAACAGGAAUCUAA